AUGAAUACAGAACAAGAAGACAUGGCCGCGUACAACACUUUUCUUAUGGGCGAAAACAUCCUCAUCAUAGUGUGCCAAAUAUUGUCAGCGACUGGCAAUGGAUUUAUCAGUUAUUUGUUUGUCAAGUGAGUGAGUUCUGGUUAAUCAGCGUAUUUUAGGCGAAAUAGACUACGAAAGAUCAAUGGACUGCAAAUGUUGUGGGUGCUCAGCAUUACCGACCUGCUUUUUGCUAUUAGUGGUAGGAUUUUAAAAAAUUGAAAAUUUUAAAAUGGGCAAGACUAAGACUGUAAGGUUUGGUAGGGUAGGGCAGCGUAGUAUAGGGUAGAGUAGAUAAUAAAAAUUUAUUUUUAUAUAAUAAUACCCAAAAAUUUUCAGUAUUCCCAUAUAUGUUGUACUACGUAAUUGGAUGGACACCAACCGUCUUAAAUUAUGAUGGAUUUAUGGUGAUUAAGUUAAGCUUUCCUCUCACAAUGCAAUACAAAAUAACACUGGUUAUUGGAUUAGCUAUAGCUUCAGAUAGAAUUCAAGUGGGUCACUUCUACUUUUAUUUGUCUUACCUUUUGUUUCACCCUUACAAUUGUUAGCUCUCCGCUCUCCUUCUACUUUUAACCCAAUUGGCAAAUUUAUGCUAGUUGGGUUCUAUCUGUACCUUACUGCUACUCCAGACGUACUUUUGGGCUUAUCUUAUCCUAACCGUUAGUCAUAUUCUUAGUGUUGUCUUAUCACAACUAGGUCUACUCUUAGCCUUAAUUUUAGUUUUAUUUUAAUUUCUAUCUUUAGAUUUGUCUUGAACUGUACCUAUAGUUGUCUUCUUAGUAGUACCUUUCACCUUACCUUAACUAUAUCUUUAUUAUUUUAUAUUCUGGUUCUUACUCUUUCUCCCAUCCUUUUCUAGGCUUUAAAUUUAGCUAUAAUCUCAGACUUACUCUUACUUUUACUUUCGUAUACACAUUACGCCCUGCUCUACGAAUUGUCCUUAAGCCUAACCUUACAUUUAGCGUUAAGCUUACUUUUCACCUUUUCUUCUUAUUAUUACAUUUAUCAUUAACGCUUUUUCUCAGCCUUUCUUAUGUACAAAAUUGCUUUAUUAUACUAAAUAUUAUAUAUUUCAGGCAUUAUUCUUUUCCGUGCAUUACCGGCAAAGAAACAAUCACUAUUCAUACAUAGUUUGUACCUUGCUUACUGGAGUUAUAUGGGGCACAUUUGAUUGUAUUCUAGAAAUCUUCUGGAAUCCGGUACAAUCGAAUCCAGGUUGCGCAGCUGUCGGCUGUUUUAAUGGCUCCGAAUAUCGACGGUAUUGGGGCAAUAGCAAUAUGGUUAGUUUAAUAUUAAGAAUGAUGCUCUAGCUAACUUAAUAUCAAUCUUUUUUCUAAAUUGUACCUUUACUAGGCUUAAAAAUGUUGGUGAUGGCGUAUUUUACCCUAAGCUUAGCUUAAGUCUUGAUCAUAACAUUACACUCUGUCACAUCAGAAAAUUAAAAGUUGAAGCUAUAUUUAAAAUUGAGCCAACUCAUUUUCAGCUGUUGAGUGUUAUCAUGUUGGUGCUGACGUUAGUACUGGGCAUAAAAUUAAAAACCGUUAAUCAAAAAAGCUCAAAAAGUGUGUUGGCACAUUCAAAGCAGGACAGUCAGCGACAGGUGAGACAUGUUUUGAUACACUUUUAACUUAUUUAUGGCAUGAUAAUGUUUAAAAAGGCAACAGCUAAAUUUGGCUUUAAAAUUACUUGAACUUUUUUGAACUUUGGUCGAAAAUUAUUUAAAAUGAUGGUGCUUGGUCUAAAAGUUCUUAGAAUUUUGAGUUUUGGUCCAAAAGUUCUAAGAAUUUUGAGUUUUUGUCCAAAAGUUUUUUCGAACUUUUGAUAAUUUUAAAUCCAAAUUUCAGGCUAACCGCUUAACAAUGGCAAUAAUAUUGAUCUCAGUUUGUUUUCACGCCAUUCCCAGUUCAUUAGUCGGCGUAGCUGACUACUUUGGAAUUAACGUUUUCUCUAAACUUGGCCCAUUUUACAUAUUGGGACUAGUUUUGGGCGGUGUUUGUAAUUCAAUUGCUUAUAUUACCCUUCAUAAGGAGCUUAAAAACGCAGCGCUUAAGGCCAUACUGCCACAAAAACUUCAACCGACAACAACGAUCGCAAUAUCCAAGUCGACAACUCGUGCUGCUGGACAUUCUAGUGUGCUUAAUACUAUUAAAUAA